CUCCGCAGGGCCAGGGUGGCAGUGCGCGGGUGGGGGUCGCCCUGCACUUCCCUGCAGCCUCCCGUGGCCGCCCCCAGCCCUGUGCCAGCCUGGCGUGAGCCGCCGCCUUCCUCUACACAGGCCAGGUGCAUAUCCUGCCUCCUGGCCCCCUUACAUGUUCAUGCCGACACACCUCCCAGGUCCCUGGCACCUGCCAGACAGCAACACCAUGAGCUUCGUGGCGUAUGAGGAGCUGAUCAAAGAGGGUGACACAGCCAUCCUGUCACUGGGCCAUGGUGCGAUGGUGGCAGUGCGUGUGCAGCGUGGGGCCCAGACCCAGACCCGGCACGGCGUCCUUCGGCAUUCAGUAGACCUCAUUGGCCGCCCCUUCGGCUCCAAGGUGACCUGCGGCCGAGGCGGCUGGGUGUAUGUGCUGCAUCCCACACCUGAGCUCUGGACACUGAACCUGCCACACCGCACCCAGAUCCUCUACUCCACCGACAUUGCCCUGCUCACCAUGAUGCUGGAGCUUCGGCCAGGCUCCGUGGUCUGUGAAUCGGGCACCGGCAGCGGCUCCGUGUCCCACGCCAUCAUCCGCACCAUCGCACCCACGGGCCACCUGCACACGGUGGAGUUCCACCAGCAGCGGGCGGAGAAGGCUCGGGAGGAGUUCCAGGAGCACCGCGUGGGCCGAUGGGUGACCGUGCGCAACCAGGACGUGUGCCGCAGCGGCUUCGGCGUGAGCCGCGUGGCCGACGCUGUCUUCCUGGACAUCCCCUCGCCUUGGGAGGCCGUGGGCCAUGCCUGGGACGCCCUGAAGGUCGAAGGCGGGCGCUUCUGCUCCUUCUCGCCGUGCAUCGAGCAGGUGCAGCGCACGUGCCAGGCGCUGGCGGCCUGCGGCUUCUCGGAGCUGAGCACCCUGGAGGUGUUGCCCCAGGUCUACAACGUGCGCACCAUCAGCCUGCCCGCGCCCGACCUGGGGGCCAGUCCGGGCCCCGACGCCGGCCCCUUCCGCAGCGGCAUGCCCAUGAAGGAGACCGUGGGCCACACCGGCUACCUGACCUUCGCCACCAAGACCCCAGGCUAGUGAGC